AUGCCAGCCCCCUCUGAGCCUAUUGCUAUCAUCGGCAGUUCCUGUCGCUUUCCCGGCGGAGCUUCCUCGCCCUCUCGCCUUUGGGAUGUCCUCUCCCGGCCUCAGAAUCUUGUUGGUGAAAUUCCACAGGACCGUUUCAACUGGAAAGGUUUCUAUCGUGAUGGCGGCAAUUUCCACGGCACCACGAAAACCAAGAAAGCCUACUUCCUUUCCGAGGGCAUCCAAGACUUCGACCCACAGUUUUUCAAUAUCCAGCCAGGUGAGGCCGAGUCCAUGGACCCUCAGCAACGCCUUCUGCUUGAGGGUGUGUACGAGAGUUUGGAGAAGGCAGGCAAAACGAUCGAAGAACUUCAAGGAUCGCAGACUGCCGUGUACGUCGGUAUGAUGGGCUGCGAUUACGCCGAUGUUGUUCAAAAAGAUCUUGAGUGCAUGCCCACAUACGUCGGAACAGGUAUAGCCCGUAAUAUGCACUCUAACCGUGUUUCCUAUUUCUUCGACUGGAACGGCCCGUCAAUGACAAUUGACACGGCCUGCUCCUCCAGUAUGAUGGCGAUCUACCUGGGUGCUCAAGCACUUAGGAAUGGAGACUGUACUACCGCUAUCGCAUCAGGUGUGAGUCUUAUCCUGGGGCCUGAAAAUUUCGUGGUUCUAAGCAAUCUCAGCAUGGUGUCUGCAGAUGGCCAUAGUAAGAUGUGGGACGCCAGCGCCAAUGGAUAUGCCAGAGGUGAAGGUGUUGGAGUUGUGGUGCUCAAAACCUUGAGCGACGCACUACGCGACGGCGAUCCAAUUGAGUGCCUUAUUCGUGAAGUGUGCGUCAACCAGGACGGCCGUUCCAAGGGUCUCACCAUGCCCAGCGAGAAGGCUCAGGCAGACUUGAUUCGCCAAACAUAUGCUCGUGCUGGCCUCGAUCUCAACAUUGCCUCAGAUCGACCACAGUUUUUCGAGGCUCACGGCACCGGAACUCCCGCUGGUGACCCUAAGGAAGCUGAAGCCAUUCAAUCAGCUUUCUAUGGGCCAGACAGCAAGGCCGAGGACAGUGAGAUGCUGUACGUUGGGUCCAUCAAAACAGUCAUUGGCCAUACCGAAGGCACAGCGGGUAUCGCAGGUAUCCUCAAGGCAUCUCUUGCCCUGCAGAAUGGGUAUAUCCCCCCAAACUUGCUCUUUAAGACCUUGAGUCCGACGGUUGCGCCUUUCACCAAGCACCUCAAACUCCCACUGUCGUUGACUGCCUGGCCAACGGUUCCGGGUGGCGGUCCCCGACGCGCGAGUGUCAACAGUUUCGGUUUUGGUGGCUCCAACGGCCAUGCGAUUCUUGAGAGCUACAACCAGCCCGAGCAGAGGUUGACGUUGGUGAAGAACCCCGUGAUCUUCACGCCUUUUGCUUUCUCAGCAACCACUGAACGCUCAUUGGCUGCCGUCCUGACGACGUACCGCGACUACUUGAAAGCCGAGAAAGACGUCGACCUCCGCAACCUCGCUUUUUCCUUGCAGCACCAUCGUUCAGCCCUUCCAUUCCGUACCGUCAUCCUCGCCAACGGUGUGGACCAGCUCAUCACGCGAAUUGGAGAGAAGCUGAAGCAGUAUGAAGAUCAGAACAACUCCGGCCUCGCGACACGAGCGUUAGCCAACAAGGGCACUGGACGCAUCCUGGGUGUGUUUACUGGCCAGGGAGCACAAUGGCCUUGCAUGGCACGCAAUCUCCUCCGGACGUCCGCCCAUGUCCGCCAGAUCAUCAAGGAGCUCGAGGCAUCCCUAGAUACCCUUCCAGUUGAGGACCGUCCAACAUGGUCACUGGCUCAAGAGCUGCUCGCCGAUGCACAGGACUCACGCACCGAUGAAGCCGAACUUGCGCAGCCCCUGUGCACGGCUAUUCAGAUUGUUCUGGUUGACUUGUUGCAAAAGGCGGGUGUUUACUUCUCCGCUGUGGUCGGCCAUUCCUCUGGUGAGAUCGCAGCAGCAUAUGCAUCCGGCUUUCUAUCGGCCACUGACGCUAUCCGGGUUGCAUAUUACCGAGGUCUUCUCAGUAAGUUGGCUGUCGGAUCUAACCAGGAGAACGGUGCCAUGUUGGCGGUUGGAACUUCGUACGAAGAUGCUCUUGAGUUCUGCGAGCUCCCCGAUCUUGAAGGUCGCAUCUGUGUUGCGGCUAGCAAUUCCCCGUCCAGUGUGACCCUAUCUGGAGACGUCGAAGCCAUUGAACAGGCAAAGGCCGCUUUUGAUGAGGAGAAGAAAUUCGCCCGCCAACUCCGAGUCAACAAGGCUUAUCACUCCCAUCACAUGCGUCCUGUGGCCGGGCCCUACUUGGAAAGACUUCAGAAGUGUGCCGUCCUCGCCAUAAAAGCCCCAUCAGGAGACAAGCGCCCUGCUUGGUACUCCAGUGUGACUCCAAGUGCGGUUCCUAUGGAGUCGACCCAACACAUUGCCGGACAAUACUGGGUUGAUAAUCUUGUCAACCCUGUAAUGUUCAGCCAAGCUGUGGGCAAUGCUGUGGUGGCUUCAGGUCCCUUUGACUUGGCACUUGAGGUCGGUGCUCACCCAUCUCUCCAAGGUCCAGCCACGCAAAGUAUUCAGGAAGUUUUCUCCGCGGGACUUCCAUACUCCGGAACCCUGAAUCGCAAGAUGGACGACGUUGAGGCGCUUUCCAACGCUAUCGGUCAUGUCUGGACGCACUUGGGACUCGCCGCUCUCCCAGGCCUCAAGACUUACGAGCAAACACUCUCAGGACUGCCUAGCCCCACAUACAUCAAGGAACUUCCUACAUACCCCUGGAACCACGACCGCCCUUACUGGUAUGACUCUCGACUCUCUAAGGCCCACCGUGACCGCAGCACUCAGAUUCACGAGCUUUUGGGAACAAGACUCCAAGGAGAAUGCACCAAUAAUGAAGUCAAGUGGAGAAACUACCUUCGCCCUGCUGAGAUACCAUGGCUUAAUCACCAUCAGCUUCAGGGUCAAUCAGUCCUUCCAGCAGCUGCAUAUAUUGCCAUGGCAUGGGAAGCAUCCAUCAUUGUUUUUGAUGAGCGUGAGAUUCAGUUGAUCGAGGUCAAAGACAUUGACAUUGGCCGCGGAAUUGCCUUUGAUGAAUCAAACGUUGCUGGCGUGGAAGUGGUGUUUGCUUUAUCAAAUAUCAGCAAACCAUCUCUUACACCAGAUGUUGUUUCGGCUGAUUUCACUUGCCACUCGUGCCCAAAUCGUGAAACAGGCUUGGUUCUUAAUGGCAGUGGUCGAAUUGUGGUUACCUAUGGCAAGCCCGCCCCCGAAAUGUUGCCUACCCGAGUCGCCGAAGCUCCAAACCUGAUCGAAGUUAAUGUGGAAGACUUCUACACCGUACUUAGCGAUGUCGGAUAUGGCUACAUGGAAACAUUUAAAACAAUCUCUCGCCUGCGGAGAAAGAAGAAUUGUGCCCGUGGAACAUUGAUUCAGUCAGGUAGUCAGAUGAUUCUGCAUCCAUCUGUCCUGGAUUCAGGGUUCCAGUCUCUCUUCGCAGCCCAUACCUACCCCGGUGAUGGUGGUCUGCCCUACUUGCUCGUCCCCAAAUCUAUCCGCUGUAUUCGACUCAACCCCUAUUUCUGCCAAAAUCGUGGAGAACCUAGUAUCGAACUACACUUUGACUCUGCUCUGAAAGAGGGUAUAGAAUUGAACGACACCGAGGCUACGGUCCAGAUUUAUACCGAGGAUAGCGACUGCCCUGUCCUGCAGAUUGAAGGCAUGCAAUCAAUCCCAUUCGCAACUGCAACUGCGGCGGAUGACGCCAAUAUCUUCUCUCAGUCGGUUAUGGGUGUUAUGAAACUUGACGGUGUGGCCGCGGCAGCUGGGGAAAGGGUCUCGGAGCAGCACACCUCUAUGGCGCAUCUCUUCGAACGACUUUGUCUCGUCUAUCUCAAACGACUGCAGCAGGAUGUUACUCCCGCCGACCGAAAGAACGCUAAGGCCCACCAUCAACAUCUUUUAGCUUAUGCUGAUCACGUCAUUCGUACGAUUGCGAAUAACCAGCAUCCCUUUGCACGCGCAGAAUGGCUGCAAGACACCCAAGAUGGAAUCACGGCAGCAAUUGAGAAGGCGGAAUUGGCAGGAGAGGUGGAAAUCCGAAUCGCCCAUUCGGUCGGCCAAAACCUCCUCUCGGUUGUGCGAGGCGAAACCAAUAGCUUGGAGCAUCUCACCAAAGACAAUAUGCUCGAGGAUUAUUACCGCUACUCCAAGAACAUGGAAGUUGCUAAUCGGUGGUUAGGUCGUGUUGCCUUGCAACUUGUGCAUCGUUUUCCCAGCCUGGACAUUUUAGAAAUUGGUGCGGGUACCGGAGGUGCUACUCAAGCAAUCCUUAGAAGAAUUGGCCACACCUUUUCUUCAUAUACCUACACAGAUAUCUCCCCUGGAUUUUUCGGCCAGGCUCAGGAGAAUUUCAGCGAAUGGACAUCCCAGAUCACCUUUAAAACCCUGGAUCUUGAAAAGGACCCUCUCUCUCAAGGAUAUACGGCAAAUUCCUACGACGUCAUCGUCGCUUCCAUGGUUAUCCACGCUACCGUCAACCUCGAGGAGAGUUUGCAGCGCGCCCGACAGCUCUUGCGACCUGGUGGAUAUCUCAUCCUAUUGGAAAUCACCAACACUGCCGUCAUGCAGUUUGGUAUGAUCAUGGGUGGCCUUCCAGGUUGGUGGGCAGGCGUUAACGAUGGCCGCGUCUACACCCCCUGUUUGGACACCGCAGGAUGGGAUUCUGCUCUCCGAAAGUCUGGAUUCUCAGGUGUUGACACAGUAACUCCAGAUCUGGAUCCGGUUGCAGUUCCACUGUCCAUUAUUGUCUCACAGGCCACCGAUGACCGUGUUAACUUCUUGCGAAGCCCUCUGUCGCAUCCCAACCCACAGGAAGACUUGGGAGAUCUAAUCAUCCUCGGUGGCGGAACCCCAGCCACCACGAAGCUAAUGGACGGAAUUGUGCGAACCUUGCGACCUCGAUUCAACCAAAUCACUAUUCAUGGGCGGCUUGAAACUCUGCAGAAUGAGUCCGCCGAGUCAGCAAGCAUUAUCAACUUGUUAGACCUCGAGUCUGCCACGUUCAAGGACAUCGACAGCAACACAUUGGAUGGCUUGAAACACCUUUUCCGAGUUACGAAGGCCCUUCUCUGGGUCACUUUCGGCUGCGACAACGGUACUGAGCCAUACAAUAAUAUGGCCAUUGGUCUUGCCCGAACCGUGAUGAGGGAGAAGACUGAAUUAAAUCUUCAAUUUGUUGAUGCAGAUGCGUCUGGGAACGUGAACGCCCAACACGUGUCUGAAACGUUCCUACGUCUCUGUGCUGCCGGAGCCUGGAAGCAGUCAGGUGAAUUAAAGGAGUUGGUUUGGACCGUCGAACCCGAAAUAUACCUGCAAAAUGGUAUUGAGGUCAUCCCACGUAUCAAACGUGACAAUAUCCGAAAUGCCCGGUACAACUCUAACCAACGCCCGAUCCAUAACAACCUCGAGCUGGAGUCUACCUGCAUCGGUGUUGAUUCCCGCGGCAAGCUAGUUAAGCUUCGAGAAACCAUGUCUGUGGAAUCAGGAUUCAACUCUGUCAAAUCUGCUCACCUACGCGUACAAGUUUAUACAUCGAUCCUCACAGCUAUCCGUAUCAGAUCAGUUGGAUACCUAUAUCUGUGCUAUGGAACAGUCGCAGGCACAGAUUAUUCUGUUCUAGCAGUGUCAGAGACAAAUACAUCCAUUAUCGACGUUCCGGAGACGUGGAUUGUGCCAUGCAAAGCUCCCCAGGGCCGUGAAUCCGAGUUUGUCCAUGCCGCAAUGGCGGCACUUGUUACAAAGAAUAUCCUCGCAUUAACUCCUUCCAAUGGAAAGGUCCUCAUGUAUGAUCCUGACCAGCAGAUCGGUAAUUCCGUGGCCAAGCAAGCGCAAGACGAAGGAAAAGAGGUCGUAUUUGUCACUCAUGAAUUAAAGGGCCUGGACCAUUCAAGCAUAUACCUACAUCUACACUCAUAUGCGGACACGAUUGCUGCGCAGCUCCCAUUAGGUGUGUCUGUAUUUGUGAACCUCUCCGAUGACUCAAGUCGAGUACCAUUUGUUCACCGCCUCAUCGGGUCAUUGCCAUCCACAUGUGAAAUUCUCGAUCGCAAGUCCAUAUUCCAACCUCUUUCGGCUAUCAACUCGGACUCCUCUGCCAUUACUAAGACCUUGCUAGCCGCGGUGGUAUCAAACGCAAUUAGCUCAUUGGAACUGGGAGAGGUGCCUCAGGGUUUCUCAGAUUUACCGUUGAGUCGCGUUGCCGAUCUGCCAUCGGAAAACAUGAGACCGCUUGUGGUAAAAUGGUCUGCAGAGCGGGAGGUGUCGGUCCAGCUAGAACUUGCAGGCAACAUCGCUACUUUCAAGAAAGACAGAACCUACCUGUUGGUGGGUUUGACAGGCGAUACGGGCCAGUCUAUUUGCGAGUGGAUGAUCCGACAGGGUGCACGACACAUUGCUAUCUCCAGUCGAAAUCCGAAGGUCAGCCAGCAGUGGAUUAACCUUCAGAAGCAAAAGGGUGCCAACGUCAAGAUCUGUGCAAUGGAUAUUACGAAUCGAAAUAAUGUUCGUGAAGUCUGCCAGCAGAUUCAGACUACGAUGCCCCCUAUCGCAGGUGUUGCUAAUGGUGCCAUGGUUCUCCAAGACAGUACAUUUUUCAAUAUGACUAUCGACAAGCUUCGGGCGGUGAUGGGGCCCAAAGUCAAUGGCAGUGAGUAUCUCGACGAGAUUUUCUCUGAACCUACACUUGACUUCUUCAUCAUGUUUUCUUCAUUGGGAUACGUUAUGGGCAGUGGAGGCCAAAGCAGCUAUACGGCAUCAAACGCUUUCAUGGUCAGUCUAGCAGCCCGGAGGAGAAAGCGAGGAUUGGCUGCCUCAGUAAUCAAUUUUGGUGCCAUCAUUGGCAUUGGGUACAUUACUCGUGCUGGACAGUGGCAUCACACCGAGAUGCUUGCUCAGGGCUGUAUCCCAAUCUCGGAGCAUGCGGUCCAGCAACAAUUCGCCGAAGCAGUCAGCAGCUCGUCUAUCAACUCCAAAGAUGACUAUGGAAUCAUCUCCGGUAUCCGUCAAGUUGAUCCAUUGACUGAUACAAGGGUCGCUUGGCUCGCUGACCCCAGGCUUUCGCACUACGUUGUCAGCCGAGCUGACGCAAGUGAGUCGAAGGGCUUCAAGAAAGUGGUGCCUAUCAAGGAACAGUUGAUUCAAGCAUCGUCGUUGGAAGAUGCUCGCGGAAUUAUUGAAGAAUGUUUCGCAGCCAAACUUUCAGUAUUGCUGCAGCUCCAGCCUGAGGAGAUGGACAAACAACUGCCGCUCAUUGAGCUCGGUGUCGAUUCACUAGUUGCCGUGGAGAUCCGAACCUGGUUCCGAAAGGCCAUUGACGUCAACCUUCCUGUGCUCAAAGUCCUGGGUGGAGCAUCACUACUAAGCCUGACCGACGCCGCAUUGGAGAAGUUGAGCCCUGCUCUUAUUCCGAGCAUCUCGACCUCCCUGAAUGCGCCAGGCGACACAUCGGAUAGCGAAAAGGAAAGCCCUUCAUCGACCGUGGCCAGCAUAGUCAUGGACACCCCGAAUACUACAGUAUCACCUCCGACUGGGAGGACCGAGACGGAAUUCACCAUGCCAAAUGAGAAAUUCACACGCACCAUUGUCCGUACGGAGCCCAUGUCACAUGCACAAUCUCGUUUCUGGUUUGCACAGCAGCACUUGGAGGAUAAGUCGUCCUUCAACGUCAGUUUUGUCUAUCGUUUGCGUGGGGAGGUCGAUGCGGAGAAGUUGGAGCAGGGUCUUCGCAGCGUCAUACAGCUCCACGAAGGCCUAAGGACAUGUUUCUUUGACGAAUCUGAGGACGGUACUCUACUGAAACAGGGCAUCAUGGCUCAGUCACCAAUUCAUGUUAAACACCGAUUGAUCACGGCUGCCAGCGAAGUUGAAGAGGAAUUUGCCAGGCUAACCAAACAGGUCUAUGACCUUGAGAAUGGGAAGAUUAUGGAGCUGAUCGUCUUGACCGAGAAUCCACAAUUGCACCACUUGCUUGUCGGUUAUCACCAUAUCGCGAUGGAUGGUGUAGGCUGCUUUGGGCUAUUGACUGAGAUCUCUCUAGCAGGAGGAAGCCCUGAAAAGCUCCAGCCCCCAGAGCAUCAGUACAGCUACUACUCCAAUCAAAUGCGCGAACAGUAUGCCAAGGGAGGUAUGCGCGAAGAUAUUUCGUACUGGCGCAAGGAGUUCAGCACAUUCCCGACAACAUUCCCGCUACUCCCCUUUUCAGAAGUGAAAUUCCGUCAACCGCUCACCAAGUACGACUUCAACGAGACAACAUUUAGGCUCCCAUCUACUAUGGUUGCCCGAAUCAAGAAGAAGUGCCGCCCUUAUCAGGCGACAAGCUUUCACUUCUAUCUCGCAGUUUUGAAAGCAAUGUUGAUUCGGUUCGUGGACAUUGAAGAUCUCUGCAUCGGAAUUGCAGAUGCUAGUCGACCAGAAGCGGAUAUGUUGCGCUCAAUGGGUGUCUUCAUCAACUCGCUACCCCUUCGAUUCAAAGCCAGUGGAUCCCAGACAUUUGGAGACGCUGUCAAGGAGGCUCGAGUGAAGGCUUAUGCUGCGCUGGGCCAUUCCCAGGUCCCCUUCGAUGUGAUCCUAGAUGAACUCAAGGUUCCUCGUUCUGCUGACUACGCCCCACUGUUCCAGGUCUUCGUUGACUUCCGAGUUGGUCACCCAGAAACCUUCCAGAUGGGAGCCACGGAAGGACAGCGGACAUUGGUCAACUACGGAAAGACCGCCUACGAUAUCAUGCUGGAUAUUUCUGAAAACCCAGCCACGGGUUGCGUGGUCCAACUCAGCACCCAGAAAGGCCUCUAUUCCCAAAGCCACACCGAACUGCUCGGCACCGUCUUUGUCAACCUCCUGGAAAACUUCACCACCAACACCGCCCAAUACCUCAAAGAACCACCGCUCUUCACAAGCAGCCAGGUUGAUGCAGCGAUAUCUCUCGGAGCAGGCCCAAGCAUGAAAUCGGCAUGGCCGGAGACGAUCCCCCAACGCAUUGAAGCCGUCCUCAGAGCAAAUCCGGACCAAGUUGCCCUGAAAGACGCCGGAGAUACCCCCUUCUCCUACCGUGAAAUGGCCGGUCGUGCGUCUGACAUUGCAGGAGCACUGCAAGCGACUGGUGUGAAGUCUGGAUCUCAUGUCGCUUUUCUACAAGAGCCGACUGUUGACUGGAUCUGCUCAAUGCUUGCGGUAUUCAACCUUGGUGCAGUCUACGUUCCCCUGGACUGCCGAGAACCCGCCGGCCGCUUGAAGGCGAUUCUUGAAGAUUGCAAGCCUGAUGCUCUCAUUUUUCACCCCCCAACAUCCAACCAAGCAAGGGCUGUUCUUCCCAAGGCUACAGCUGCAAUCGACAUUUCAAAUAUCAAGUCCCACAAGAAAACUGUCGCCAGCUUGGCCCACCCUGAAUCGCCAGCCAUCAUCCUCUAUACAAGCGGCUCCACUGGAACACCUAAGGGUGUCGUCCUCAGCCAUAGCAACCUUCGCAACCAGAUCGAGGCUCUCACCUACACAUUGAAACCCAAGGAGGAAGCAGUAUUGCAGCAGACCGCCAUCACAUUCGAUCUGUCGAUCAUCCAGGCUCUACUCGCUCUCUGCAACGGAGGUUCCGUCUACGUUGUUCCCCAGUCCGUUCGAGGUGAUGCUAUCAAGAUUUCCAAGAUCAUGGCAAACCACAGAAUCACCUUUUCGCUGGCAACACCACUUGAAUACUCCUCGUGGUUGCAGUUCGGCCACAAAUAUCUCGAAAAAUGCACCAAGUGGAAGUAUGCAGGCUCCGCCGGAGACGUUCUUCCCCCCAAGUUGGUGCGUGAAUUCAAUGGCCUCCAGGGAGUCAACGCACAGUUGAUCAACCUCUACGGCCCUGCUGAGACAGCUGUUGCAACCAUGACUGGUCCCCUGACCGAGGACUCCGUUCCCAAUGUGCCCGUCGGCAAGACGAUACCCAAUUGUUCCAUCUACAUUGUCGAUGAAGAUCUCAAGCCAGUGCCCGUCGGCAUCUCCGGCGAAAUCUGCAUCGGUGGUAGUAGCGUCGGCCUGGGCUAUCUGAACAACGCCGAGCUCACAAAAGCCAGAUUCGUCCCCAACCCUUUUGCCUCACAAGAGUACCGCGCAAAUGGCUGGGUUACAAUGCACCGCACCGGCGAUCGUGGCCGAUUCGAUGCUGAUGGAUCUCUCAGAUUUGAACAGCGCAUUGGAAAUACCCUGAUCAAGCUCCGUGGAUUCCGCAUCGAGGUGGAGGAGAUUGAGAAUGUGAUCUUGAAGGAGGCUGGUGGCGACCUGGAGGAAGUGGUGGUUUCAGUCCGCGGAGACGGUGAGAAUCGAUUCCUCAUGGCCCACGUCGUCUUCUCUCCAACCACGGCCGUGGCUCAACACGAGGCGAGCCAGAGAGCAUGGAUGAAACAGCUUCAAGCCAGCCUACCGCUCCCUGUCCAUGCUCGUCCAGCAGUGAUUCUUCCACUCGACAGCAUUCCUAUCAAUCUGCACUCCAAGGUCGAUCGAAUCGCAGUUGCAUCUCUUGAGCUUCCUGAGCUUCUAAACUUUGAUGGACCCGCGUCAUCCGAGCUCACUGACUCUCAGAAAAAGCUCAAGUCCAUCUGGGACCAGGCCCUGCCUGAAAUUCUUGUUGCUCGAGUGGCCACUAACCCAGACAUGGACUUCUUCCAGUGUGGAGGAAACUCUCUCCUGCUCAUCAGGUUGCAAUCACUCAUUCGAAAGGAACUCGGAGUUACCGUUCCACUGGCUGAAUUCUACCAACACUCCACCCUAUCCCGAAUGGCUAUGAGGGUUGAAAACGCCGUGAAAGCUGAGGUUAUUAGCUGGGAGAGGGAAACCUCCAUCUCUUCCAUCGUCUCUGAGGCCAAGUCCAAGGCUGGCAGAGGAUCUCUUCCCAGAACAACUGACAAUCUAGUCAUUCUCAUGACCGGUGCCACCGGAAGCAUUGGAUCCAGGGUCCUCGCGGAACUGAUCACCAGUCAGCAAGUCUCUCAUGUCCACUGCAUUACCCGACGCGACCCAACCCAGCAGAAGUAUUUCGACUCCGACAAAGCCACCUAUCACCAGGGCGACAUUUCCAAGGAGUUCCUCGGACUGUCUGAGGAAGUCUACAACGGAUUCGCGCAGAACUGCGACGUCAUCCUCCAUCUGGGCGCCAGCCGCUCAUUCUGGGACUUCUACCAGGCUCUACGAGGAGCCAACGUGCUCCCAACCCGAUCCCUCGUGAAGAUGGCCGCUGUGCGCCAGAUUCCCAUCCACUUCAUGUCUUCCGGCGGUGUCCUCUCAAUGGACUCAACCCAGACUCCUCCAACCGACGGCUCCGAUGGCUACGUUUCAUCCAAAUGGGCAAGUGAGAAAAUUCUCCAACAGGCCGCCGAACAGCUCCAGGUCCCCGUCACCAUCCACCGUACGAUUCCCGCCACGUCAACCUCCGAGUCUCCAGAAGUCCACCAGCAUGCCGUCAACGAACUCGCCAUCCUCACUCGAAGCCUCAAAAUCAUGAUCACAUCCGAUGGCGUCAAGCCGAUCCGCGGAGAGAUGCACCUGACGCAUGGCGAGGCGCUUGUGCGCGAAUUCCUAAAGCCCUUCCUCCCCUCAGCGGCCCGCAAAUCGAACCUCCAGACCCAGGAGAGCAAGAACGGCAGGGUAACUUAUCGUAAUUAUCCCAGUCAAGUGCGCAUUGACACGGAGGAAAUUGGAGAGUUGUUUGCCAGGCAAGCGGAAGCUCUCCAGGGGGAUGCUGACGUCUCGUUGAUGUCUGGAUUGCAGUGGAUGGGCGAUGUUAAGGCGGCGGGAUAUCCGUAUGUGAUUGCUGCGCAGGUGUUGGAGCUUCCUGGGGCUGCUGAGCCGUUUGUUUCUCGGCGAUAG